AUGACCCCUAGCGCGAAGGGCACCGGGAAAUAUGCCAACCCAACUAUCUACAUCAUCGUUGGGAAACAACACCAACCCUUCUACGUUCAUUACGCAUUCCUCAAUAAGACGGACUUCUUCCAUGUUCACGGCCACCCUCCCAUGCCUGCAGGAGCGACACCGACACCGACACCGACACCGACACCAACUCGUCCGGGGAGGGCUUUGAACUCACCUGCGCCAAGUGAGAACACUGUGACGCCAGAGCGAGAUGACAUCAAAAUGGAGCAGGAUAUUGAGGAUGAGGGGGUUGGAAACAGCGAGGAUUCUCCACUAGUUUCCGGCGACGGCGCUGCCAUGCCAGUGUACAGACUGCAAGGUCUCCUCUAUGAGCCCGCAGCGUUCGAGGUUAUCAUCAAUUACCUAUACAACGAACGACCCACCACACCACUGCAUCGAGCCCAGGUCAGGACACUACAGAAAGCAUACAUACUCGCGCUCCACUAUCGCAUGCCUGGUCUUCAAGAUGAUCUUGUCGAUUGUUUCCGACACUUCCAUGCGUCGUACACCGUCAGGUUCGCUGACCUCUAUUGGAUCUCGGGGCGUAUCGGUGAGGGCGAGGCUGUUUGCGGAGUCCCAUUGGUUCAAUACCUCGUCGAUCAGAUUGCGUUUGAGAUCUAUCAAGGGGGGUAUGAUACCUUCGCCCAUGACAACAUGGAUUUUGAAAUUUUCCUUACAAAUGGCGAUCGGCCUUUGCGAAAGGAACUCUUCAAAGCCAUUGCCAAAGUCGCCCAAGAGAAGAAUCCUAUCGACCCUGCACUUGGACUCAAUCGCUGGAAAGUUGAGGACUACCCGACGUUUCAGCGGAGCGAGAGCGCCUCUUCAAACACUCCUGACAUCAUUGAUGUCGACUAA